GGAUAACGUUAAAGGCUACCGGUUCCUGCCACGCAUAAACGCGAGAGAGGUUAUCAUUUUUGUCAGGAUAUUUUGUUUGAAAUAAUAGAAAAAGGAAAAAAGAAAAUAAAAAUAGCGUAAAAAUGUCGAUAAUUACAGUGAUUAGAAAGUUUUUUCAGGAGUAUACGAAAAGUACACCGAAAAAGCUCAAAAUUAUUGAUGCUUAUUUACUGUAUGUGUUUUUGACGGGUGUUAUACAGUUUGUGUAUUGCUGUCUUGUUGGCACUUUUCCAUUCAAUAGUUUUCUAAGUGGCUUUAUAUCUUGUGUCUCUUGUUUCAUUUUAGGAGUUUGUCUUCGAUUACAAGUGAAUCCACAAAACAAAAGUCAAUUCUAUGGAAUAAGUCCGGAGAGAGGAUUCGCUGACUUUAUCUUUGCUCAUAUAAUACUUCACAUCGUCGUUAUGAACUUCAUUGGUUGAUAGAAAUAUUCUUUUCCUAAUAAUUUAUAUCAGCUUAAUCGAUAAAUAAUCAGUAAUGAUUAAUGAAGAAGCUCGCACUUUUAUAUAUUACAAAACAUAUUGCAAAGACUAGUAACUCAUUUUGAUUUGCUCUAAUUCAAUGUAACAUAUAUUUGUCAUAGAAAAAAGUUUUAAGAAAAAAUAAAAAUAUAUAUAUAUAUAUAUAUGUGUGUGUAAAAAAUAAAUAAAUCGUUUGAAAGAAAUUCAUUCGAUUUGUUUCCUUUUCUCCUCGUUUUAUGCUAAAGACAAACAAUGUAUAACUACGACAAUCUAUAAUACAUUUUAUUUGUCUUAUUUUUCAUACAACCUUCUUUGGGGGACAGGAAACUUUAUGUUUCUAACUUUAAUACAUAUUUUAAACUCAUAUUUACAAUGACAUUAAAGGGGAAUCUCUAUCGCGUAAGUGCAUAAGUUUCACAUAUACGAAAGGAUCGUUCUUACACUGUUAAAGAUGUUUCAUAUUUUUGAGAAAAAUCAUAUGGUGCAAGAGUACAAAUCGUUGCUUUUAGAAAUACAUUUAUAAAUAAAUUAACAUGAAUAUCUUACAAAAUAUAAACUAUCAAAUAGUAAAUAUCCAAAUAUAUGGCAAAGAAAUUGAUUACUUUUUCUGUCAACUAAAUAUCUUAUUUAUUCGAUGAACGGAAACAAUUUUCAAAGCUUUUAAAUGUGUAAUUUCAUUAUCUCUGAUUUAAUACUAAAAGCUAAAGUGGAAAUGCUAAAAUUUCAUCUGGCGAAUUGCCAUACACAAAAAGUUGUUUCUUCACAACAUGUUUAUAUCUUAUUUCCUACCUACGGGUGACUUAAAAACUAUAAAAUAAAUAGCAUCUUUAAUAAGAAUAAAAAUAAAAAUAAAA